AAAGUGUUUUUAUAAAAGUAAACCAAGCUCAGUGGGAAAAGCAGAUGUAGCAAUCAUUCAUGCUGAAUUAAACACUCCCUCAGACAGGAAUGCGGUUUCUAACAUGAUAUACCGUAAAUCCUCUAAUACAGGCCGGUAUUCAAUUAAAGGCCUGGGUCUCCAAUUUUGGCCGGUGUCAGAGUCAGCGGAGGUAAAUAAUGGCCGGUCUCUUAUUGUGGCCGGAUGGAAUGUGGUAACAAGCAAGUACAAGCGUCCCAGCGGCAGGGUUAUAGUCCCUAAAUCAACCAGCAGGGGGCAGUAGGGGUUCACGCAGACAUUUAUUAGGCUUUUUCUUCAAGCUUUAUAACGCUUCAGACACGAUCCUCUAUCACGCUCCUACCACACAGAGUCACGGUGUCAGUUAACCAUGCUAAUUCAACCCGCUCCACAGAACACACAUCACCUUCCCUGUGGCUUACAUAACACUCACACAACACGCAAAUCAGCACAUAGGAACUAGCAGAACGAUAGGAAACACAUAUAACACAAUACCCAGAAUGCACCUGGCUUACAACCCCAGCUAGGUCAUUACACUAUCAAGUUCAAAGAGAACGUGCUGAUUAUGCUGCAGAACACUAUGGGGAGCAGCAGUAGGGGGUGUAUGAACUACAGUAAUCCCUCGUUUAUCGCGGUAGAUGCGUUCCAGACCUGGCCGCGAUAGGUGAAAAUCCGCGAAGUAGGGACUCCCAGCAUGCCCCUCGCGGGGAUUCCCUCCACGUCGCAACUACGUCACAAACCGCGGCUAUAAACGGAAGUCGCCUUUACAGCUCAGUCAUCGUUUCUUCAGAUUCAUGAUCAGAGUUUCCAACCUACCGAUCAAUCCAACGAACUAUCAGCUCAUAGAGGCAGGAUGUGCUUUUGUGAUGCUUCUGAUGGCCGUGUACUGGGUUACAGAGGUCAUCCCACUGUCGAUGACGGCCAUGCUCCCCGCCAUUCUCUUCCCCAUCCUUGGAAUUAUGAAGUCCUCAAAUGUGGCAAGGGCAUAUUUCAACAACUUUCACUUCCUGUUAGUGGGGGUUAUCUGUCUUGGUACAUCUAUCGAGAAGUGGGGUCUCCAUCGCAGGAUCGCCCUGAGGCUUGUCACAAUAGUGGGAGUGAACCCGGCCUGGCUUAUGUUGGGCUUCAUGUCCGGCUGUUCCUUCCUCUCCAUGUGGGUCCAAAACACCUCAGCUGUUACCAUGGUGAUGCCAAUCGUGGAAGCUGUCCUUCAGCAGAUCCUGAAAGCAAAGAAAUCUGGAUGUUCUGGCAAAGAUAACCCUAACUUACAGUUAGAAGAAAGUGGCGUGUGUCCUGAGAGGAUGAAAGAACCUGUCUGUGAUGAGAAGAUACCCGAUGCUCCAAAUGAAACCUUCAUUCAUGUUGAGAUUCACACAGUGUCACAAUCUGAUGCUCAGGCUGCAGUAUGUGCAUCUGUGGAAGCCAGCAGUAAUCACAAGGACCGGAUGUUAUGCAAAGCCAUGUGCAUCGGUAUCGCCUACUCAUCCAGCAUUGGCGGCAUCACAACACUGCCAGGAACAUCCCCCAACCUCAUCUUCUCUGAGUAUCUCAAUCAAAUUUACCCAGACUGCAAUGAUAUCAACUUUGGGAACUGGCUCUUGCUGUGCCUUCCCAUCAGCGUUAUGAUGCUCCUGCUGACGUGGAUCUGGUUGUACUGGCUGUUCAUUGGCUCAGACUUCAAGUUCCUGUGGCAAUGUGGCGGAAAGAUGUCAGAAAAAGAGAAGGCAGCAAAAAAAGUUAUUGAAGAAGAGUACAACUCUCUGGGAGCCAUGAGACCUCAGGAGAUCAUCACUGGGGUGGUUUUUGUGUUAAUGGUGUUGUUGUGGUUAACAAGGUCCCCGGGUUUCAUGCCUGGGUGGGCUUCACUUUUCCCCAAUCAUUCGGGCUACAUGACAGACUCCACCGUGGCCCUGAUGCUGGGCUUCCUGCUUUUCAUCAUACCUGCCUACGGACCAAGCAGAAAAUACGAGGCCAUGAUUUCCUGGGAAGAGUUUCAGGCCUUGAUGCCCUGGAAGGUGGCACUACUGGUUGGUGGAGGAUUUGCACUUGCUGAAGGCACAAAGGAAUCAGGACUGUCUCUGUGGGUGGCGGAGCUGCUCACACCCCUGGGCAAUCUGCCAGUCCUCGCCACCAUUACAAUUGCUUCCAUUAUUGUCACCACAAUGACAGAACUGACCAGCAAUGCAGCAACUAGUAAUAUUUUCCUCCCCAUCCUCGCUCCUCUGGCGGAGGCCAUCCAUGUGAACCCGUUGUACGUGCUCAUCCCCACCACCCUGUGCACAUCCUUCUCCUUCCUGCUGCCAGUGUCCAACCCACCCAAUGCCGUGGUGUUUUCCUACGGGCACAUCAGCAUCCUGGAUAUGGUGAAGGCGGGGCUUGGUGUCAACGUGAUCGGUCUUCUUGCUGUGAUGCUAGCAGUGGGGACAUGGGGAGUUCCUCUAUUUUCUCUCAACACCUAUCCUGAUUGGGCACCGGUUCUUCCAGGCUUUAAUUCAACGAUGCCUUGACGAUGGAUCCUGGCCCAGUUUUUGAUGUGUGACUAAGUAUGACUCAGUGGAUUAUCCUGGGAAUAAUCUGGUAAACCUUCUGUACAGAUUCACUAUGAGAUUUUGGCUCAAUCCCACAAAUGUUGUUCUGCGGCAUAAAAUUAUUGUGUGUGCUAAAGUCACACACUACACAGCAAGAGAAGAGUGUUUUGUUUUGUUAGAGCUGCUUUUGUCAAAAACCACAGUGCUACACAGGUUAAGGGUUUCAGAGCUGAAAGACAUGUUGACAUGAAAAGGCAUAAAAUGUCCUUCGUUCACGAGGUGAUACAACAUGCUGAGAGCUGAAAGAAGAAUACCCAACCAGGAAUUUUAUUCUCAAAUGGGCGUAUCCAUUUCUUAGAAACAAUCUUGUUGCAGAUUGGGUCGAACUUACUCAAAAACUUGCAGAGAGCACAAUAAUCUAAGUAGAGAAAACUGCCACAAAUAUCUCCCUCUUAAGUUUUCUCCUAACACAAAACUUUGUUAACGUAAAAUCUAAUCUUGUUUUGUUGCCAAGUUGCCAAAAUAACAAGAACAAAACUUUAAUGGGAGUCAGACUAAACCAAACCCUAUUCCUAAAUGGGCCUGUGUGGUGCUGUCAGAAGAGGAAAAGAAUGAAAGGAAAACAAAAUGUGUCUUUUGUUCUUUGAAAUGUGCCUUUUUAUACUGUUCAAGUUAUUUAAGUCUGUUUGCUUGUACCUUUGAUGUGUUGCUGCUGUUGGACCUGGACAGCUCCAGAUCCCUGAAAUGUCUCUGCUGUCACGAUGCAAGCGAACAGUGAUUAUGGACACACAGUCAUGAAAGAAAGGUCCGUCUUUCAGUUUUAGGGUUUUACAUCAGGAACUAAAUAAAAGGAUCUGGUCUUCACCAGGUCCAAAAAGGAUUCAAAUCAAACCACAAAGUAGAAAAAGACUCAGCAGAUUCCACCAUGUCAUUAUUUUUUAAACCACAUCAAGCCCAGCUGCUUCUAGAUGGUUUAGGACAUUCUGUUUCAGCAUGAUCAGAUUUAUUGAUUAACUGAUAAUUAUCAAUAGCCCCUUUUACGAGACACACCAUUCCGGCAAAUCAGUGUAAUAUUACCGUCUUACUGCGAUGGACUGGCUCUCUGUCCAUGGUGUACCCCGCCUGAUUGCCCAUUGACCGCUGGAGAUAGGCACCAGACAGGCACCAAGUCUGUUUCAUUUUAAACCUGGAUAAAACUGAUUGUUAAAGUCUCUUUCUGGAGUAUUUAUUUUAUCCGAUGGCACCAUCUAGUGGCUGACAAGCAUAUCACACAAAAUGUCUGUCGCUCUGUUUUUCUUAAGACGGCGACUUCACGUUUCUGUUUAUAAAUGUGCUUCUGUAGCCGACAAACAGCUAAAACGUUGUUUUACGAGUAUUAUUCUCAUGUCAUGUUGUGUUCUCAUAUAUUUAUAUUUUAGAGACUUGUCGGUGAAAAGUUCAUCAGCUCUGCAUCAGCCGAGGUAUUCCUUAAAUGUGAAGCGUCUAAGCGGUAGUCUAACGCUAUUGGUUAGUUCUGGUCGGCGCUCAGCUUCCUAUUGCACAGAGCUCUGUGGGGCAGGGGCCGUGGUUAGCAAAAAAAAAAAAAAAAGACGUAUUGCUUACAUUAUAUCA